CUCCAGGUAGGUGGGCGGGGGCGCGCACAGCAUCCACAAGAAUAUAUAACCGUAUUGAUAUUUUUGCGCUGAAUAUGAGAUGCGAGGGUCCUGAAGAGCACCAGAGACCCACGCUUGUAAAGGUUUCUCCCAGACAAAAUGGCAGUGGAAAAGCGCUUGGCGUAUUCUAUCGUUCAGUUCCUCAGAGAUCAGACUCACUGUGGCUCGCUGAAUUCAGAUGAACAGGAAAGUCUGGAAGUUGCAGUACAGUGUCUGGAGACGACUUUCAAGAUCAGCUCCAGUGACAACCAUCUUGCCGGCCCUCAGCCGCUGAGAGAGAUAUUCCUCAAUUCCCUCCUCAAAAAUGAUAUUGUUUCAUUACCUGAGACGUUUCCAUCUCCAGAGGACAUCGAGAGAGCUGAGCAGCUGAAAAAUGAGGGGAAUAACCACAUGAAAGAGGAGAAUUAUAGCAGCGCUGUGGACUGUUAUACAAAAGCCAUUGAGUUGGACCAAAGAAACGCAGUGUAUUACUGUAACAGGGCUGCGGCACAUAGUAAACUGGGAAACUACACAGAGGCUACGGGAGACUGUGAACGAGCGAUUGCCAUCGACUCGACGUACAGUAAAGCUUAUGGCAGAAUGGGAUUGGCACUAACUUCUAUGAGCAAGUAUCCUGAGGCGAUAUCUUAUUUUAAUAAAGCUCUGGUGUUAGAUCCUGAAAACGACACCUACAAAUCCAACCUAAAGAUUGCAGAGCAGAAACAAAAAGAAGCGUCCAGCCCUACGGCCACAGGACUGGGGUUUGACAUGGCCAGCCUCAUCAAUAACCCCGCUUUCAUUAGCAUGGCUGCCAGUGUGAUGCAAAACCAGCAGGUGCAGCAACUCAUGUCUGGCAUGAUGUCUAACGCGGUGGGGGGACCUGCAGCCGGAGUCGGUGGAUUAUCUGACAUAUCCAGUCUCAUUGAAGCUGGACAGCAGUUCGCCCAGCAGAUCCAGCAGCAGAAUCCAGAACUGAUCGAACAGCUGAGGAACCACAUCCGGAGUCGCUCUUUCAGCGGCAGCGCCGAGGAACACUCCUGAUCCCAGCAGGAUCAAUAACUGAAGGAGGGCAGGUGGAGAGGAGUCGUGAGUGCAAUCGUUUAAAUCAUUCUUCUAUUCUAGUCGAACCCGAGAUGGAGGGCAUGGCACUUUAUAAGGAAGCAUCAGAAAAGAGGAAAAAACACAUUUAAAAUCACCUAAUACACAGAGAACAUUAUCUUAAUACCCGAGUGAGGUUUCUUUGUGUUUGUCUGUGUAGAUAACGUUUCAGUCCUCUCUUUAUGAAUGUAGCUGGACACAUCAGAGUUGAGUUUAUUUUACUAAACGAAUGACUGAUCAUACGUUUGUGCCUAUUAACUAGAUGUGGGGCCAUGGUUAUUAAUAUCCAAGGACAUUUUUUAGGGAUAGUUUAGUCCUUAAAAAGACAAUUCACUCUUGUUGUUUGGUCAUGAGGGUGAGUAAAUGAUGACAGAAUUGUCGUUUUUGGUUGAACUAUCCCUUUAACACAUACUCUGAUUAUUUUUACUAUAUAUUCUGUUCGUUUUAGGAACAAGAGACAUUUGUGUGCGAUAAUCACUAUAUCGGCUGCUUCACCAGUCCUGUUUGUUUAGUCGUUUAAUUCACCAGUAAUGACAGCAAAAUAUUGCUACAAUAAGCAUAUUCAUAAUCUCACCGUUUGCAGUUUUCUUUUGCAUGCUCCAUAAUCUGAUAUUUGCAGUCAGAUGAGUGAUUGAAGCCUAUGUAAUAUGCUUAUGAAACAGAACAGUAUAAUGUUUUUGUCAAAAAAAGAAACCAAUAAUGUUAAUAAAUGUGUCUUGAAAUCAA